AUAACCGGGGUCCGUUGGAACUACCGCUGUAUGCUCUUAACAUGAUGGUUCGUUGCAACAGAGUGGACCUGCUCUAUCAUCCUGUCUGCCAGGCAUAUCUCAACAUGAAAUGGAACGCUUACGGUUUCUACCUGCACUUCUGCGUGCUGGGACUGUACGUCGUGUUCGUCGCCGCCCUGACCUUCUACGUCACCCUUAACGAGCCGAUGGACCACUCACACCUCUCCAACGAAAGAUGGGACAACAUCACCAACGCCACCGACGACCAUUGGUCAAUCGUUGAAAGCAUCCCGACCCUGGACCUAGUCUUGCUGAUUACCGUGACGAUCUUUAGCGCUCUCAGCAUCAUCAAAGAAAUCUUUCAGAUAGGUCAACAGGGCGCCGAUUACUUCUUGGAUCUCAUCAACUACUUGGAGUGGUCGCUGUAUAUAUCUGCUGGCAUCUUCACAACCACGACCCUGCUGUGUGGCAAUGGCAAUAGCUAUCACUUCCAGUGGGCGUUCGGAGCUAUCUCCGUGUUUCUCGCCUGGUUCUACCUUCUUCUCCAUCUGCAGAGAUUCAAUAUAUCGGUUUGCCGUCGGCGACAUAGCAUCGGUGAAGAGUGA